UGGAGAAGGUGAGAGGAUGGGACUAGAAUCUGUAUGGUGGAGAAAGUGAAAAGAUAAGAUAGGACCAGAAUAGGUGAGAAGAUACAGUUCGGAUGGUGGAGAAGGGACAACUUAAGAUGGGGCUAGGGUGGGAAUGUUGAAGAUAGCACAAGAACACAGUUGGCAUGGUGGAAAAGGUCUAGGAUCGAUGGCGAAACACUCGAAGAGUAGACAUAUGCACUGGUCAAGUCUUGGUAGGAUAAUUCUUCAUGGCUCACCAAAUGGGUGAACAUUGGAAUGGACUCUAUAGUAAAGAGGUGGAGGGGGCAUCUCCCAAUGGGCGACAGAUCUGGAUGGCAGCCUUCCUCUGCUUUAUUAUCUUUCUUACCACCUUGGGCAACUCUCUGCUUAUCCUACUCAUCUUUACGCAAAGGUCCCUUCGGAACACCUCCAACUAUUUUUUGGUGUCUCUCUUCAUGUCGGACCUCAUGGUGGGACUGGUGGUGAUGCCACCAGCUAUGCUGAAUGAACUUUAUGGGAGGUGGGUCUUAGAUGAUGUGUUCUGCUGCAUCUGGUACUCCUUUGAUGUAAUGUGCUGCAGUGCAUCCAUACUCAACCUGUGUGUCAUCAGUCUGGACCGGUACCUGCUCAUUAUCUCUCCGCUCAAGUACAAGCUCAGGAUGACAUCCUGUAGAGCCCUGGGAUUGAUUUUGGCCACAUGGACAUUAGCGGCUCUAGCUUCUUUCUUGCCCAUUGAAAUGGGCUGGCAUGAGCCAGACUUUGAGUUGCAAUCGUCCAACUUGACGGCGAUGUCAGAGGAGAAGCAGUGCCGUCUGCUGGUCAGCUUACCGUAUGCCUUGAUCGCCUCCUGUCUGACCUUCUUUCUACCAUCAGCGGCCAUAUCAUUUACCUAUUGCAGGAUCCUGCUGGCAGCCAGAAAGCAGGCAGUUCAGGUGGCUUCUUUGACGACAAAUGUGCCCAACAUGUCUGAAGACCAUGCGCAGGUGUUGGCAGUGCCGGUCAUGGAGGGCAAAAAGUUUGUCACCAAGCACAGUAAAAAGGCUCUGAAGGCAAGCCUCACCCUGGGCAUCCUACUGGGCAUGUUUUUCGUGGCCUGGCUUCCAUUCUUUGUCGCCAACAUGGUUCAGGCCGUCUGUGACUGCGUCCCCCCAGGCUUGUUUGACGUCCUCACGUGGCUCGGAUACUGUAACAGCACCAUGAACCCCAUCAUCUACCCCCUCUUCAUGAGAGACUUCAAGCGUGCCAUGGGGAAGUACCUGCCCUGCUUCCGACGCUCCAGAGUCAUUUCGCUGUCCGUGCGCAACUCCAAUAGCGCCCCGCGCCUGGGACUUUCGCUGAGGAACGUCCUGACCCUGCGCGGGGAAACGGACUCCUUAUACUCCGCCACCCUGGGCAACGAGCACUUUCUACAGAACUAUAAAGACCACAGCACCGACCCGCUGCCCGUCACUGCCGCCGAUUCCGUCAACCUCUUUGACCUGGAGCAAGAGAUGCAGGUCCACCAGCUGAACACGCCCAUGGACUGAGCCAAAUUGUAAACACGGACCCCC